UUUUUUAUCGUUAUCGGUGCUGUCACGCUGAUGCCGGCGUAAAGUAAAUGUAAACAAAAAAAUUCGCAAUUAUAUCUCAAAUUAAGUAAAACAUGGAGGCCCAACCUCGCAUCGUGUAUGUGUGCAGCUUGUGCCUUCGACAGUACGAUCUAAUGGAGGACCUGCGUGGUCACAUGGUCUUCUACCACGGCUGUCAGCCAGUUGCUGGCCACAAAGCAGCAAAGACACCAACAAAAACACAAUCGAAUGCCGCCAGGAGCACCCUGGAGCAGCAAACUAUUGACAGUCAGGCGGAGAUUGCAGCCCCGCCACCGACAGAUCUGCAGCCAAUGCCAUUUAAGGACUUUCGACUCGUACUGCGCGCCAAUAUGCGAGAGCCGUGUUCUGCGAGCAAGGAGUGUCUGUUCAAGUUUGAGGAUGCCAGAAAAAUGGAAGUGCAUCGCAGAUGCCACAAGGGCGGCAGUUUUUCCUGCUGUGAAUGCGCCCUGGAACUGUCAAACUGGAGGCGUUGCUCUGCCCACCUGUGGAAGGUCCAUCAAAUCGAUGUGGACUUGCUGCGCUGUCCCGCUCUGGAGUGCAACUACAAUGCACCCGUGUCGGCGCUCGUCUGGCGGCAUAUGCGAGUGCACAAAAAGUGGCGCCCGAGGGUUCUCCGCUCUCUUGCAGCUGUCCAGCGAAGGCGGAAACUAAAGGAGCAGUCCGGGGAGCCGGCGUCUCAGCCAGCGGCACCACCUGCAACGCCCAAGAAGAACAAAUACUAUGCAGAGAAAACAUGCGAGAUUUGCAAUCGUAGAUUUGUCAAUGGCAAAACGCUCUCCAAGCAUGUGAAGACGGUGCACAACAAGAUCAAGCCGUUUAUAUGCAAUGUUUGUGGCAAAAAGACGGCGCGCAAGGCUAGCCUGAUAAUCCACAUGCGCCAGCACACCGGCGAGAAGCCGCUGCAGUGUGAACAGUGCAAGUUCUCAACGCGAGAUCCCAGUGUCCUGCACAAGCAUCGACAACGCCAUGGCAGUGCGUCCAAGCAGCGCACCCUGAAGUGCGGCCACUGUGACUACGGCUGCAUACAGGCCAAUGCCUUGAAGCGUCACAUGAGACUGAACCAUGCCGAUGCGUAUCGCGAUCUGUGCUGCGAUCUGUGCAGCUACACCUCGAUCAAUGCCGAGCGACUGCAGGCACACAAGCAGGAUCAUCGCCAGGGUCUGAUUACCAACUGUGAAGACUCCAUGGAUGCGGCACGGGCAGUCGGCUUCAAGUAUCCGCGCAAGCUGAGCGACAAGAACAACGAGAUAUCCGCCGAUUGCUUUAUGCCGCUGGAGAGCGUUGAUUCGCUGCCACAUGAGCCAGCCGUGGACACGGGCGGUGUAACCAUACCAGCGCCCACCUCAGACGACACACAGUUUCCCACUUACUUGAAGGAUUAAAUGCAUCUUUCUCGAUGAUGCCUGUGCAUGCAUAUAUCCAUGUUUUAAGUGUGUUUUGUAAUUCCAAUUCGCUGCAAAGAGUUGUUUGGUUAGCGGGGUUGUGACGUAGGGGGGGGUGGUGUGAAAUAAUGUUCUCGUUCAGUUUUUUUUCUGGGGGAUUUAAAUGCUUGUUUAUUAAGUUGUUCAGUUUUUUGUUUUGAUUUAAUUUUAAUAUCAUUUUAGAAUCUGAUAUGAUUUCUUGUUUUUUUUUUUUGCAACAUUUUGAAUUUAAGUCAAUGCUUUUUUGGGUUUAUCGUGUUCCGUGUUUAUCCACCGUUACGUUACGUUUUAGAUUUCGAUUUAAACUAAUUUAAAAUUUAAAAUUCUAAUACUCAUACGCAUCCCAAUCCCAUUCAAUCCAAUCCGGAUUCAAGAUCGCUUUCGUUUUGCUAAGUCUAAGUUUACGACAAAAAUUGUUUCAAUUCGGGCAGUUUGUUUUUGUUUGUUUGUUUGUCUUGCUAAUAAUCAGUUGGUAGAUCUUGGUUAAUCUUUUAAUCUUUAGUUAAUUCGUUUAGUAGUUGAGCUUUAGGUUUGGUUUUAAUUAAUGUUAUAUUAUUUAUUUAGGAUCAUCAUCCAGAGAUCUGAUAAUAUAUUCUAAAAUUAUUUAUCUGCUGUUCUCGCUAUAAGUAAGGGCGGGGGCAGGGAGAACAAAAGAAGGUUCCUCUGAGCCACAAAGAAAGGGACUUUGAACGUUUAUUGUCUGAGUUUGAUUCGAAUAUCAAAAGAUGUUCACAAUAUUCAUGGAGUUUUAUUUUUUUUUGUGGAAGAAUGAUUUUUGUAAUGGAAAUAAAACGCUCAAUGUAAAAUUGUUAAUAUCA